AGCUGAUACUGAGCUGAAUGCAGAAUACAUGUAUACUUGGAAUCUAGAGGAUGUCUCCUAACAGACUGUCAGUUCUAAGAGAGAACAUGAAGUUGUGUUGGCUAUUUCUGAUAUACCUGUUAUGGCUGAGGGGCCAUCAGUGUGCACCUAUAAAGGAGGAGGAAAUCAAUCCAUGGGAACACCUGAAAAUUUUAUCUGAAGUUGGUGAGAAAUAUGUAGACGAAGAGGUAAAGAAAGCUCUGGUAGGCGUUAAGCAGAUGAAAGUUAUGAUGGAAAGAAAUGAAGAUAAACACGUACAUCUGAUGAAAACCUUGAAGAAGAGCAGUGGAGAAAAGCAGGAAGCUCUGCGGCUUAUGGACGAAGUGAAAGAACAAUUAGAGGAAGAAGAAAGACAAUGUCAGGUGUCUCUGAGAAAUCUCUGGGAUGAAUGUAAAACUUGUUUAGAAAGUAACUGCAUGAGAUUUUAUACAACCUGCCAGCACGGUUUGUCAACAUUUACAAGUAAGGUUGAAGAUUUUUUCAGGAAAAUGUCUCCGUUGACUUUUACUUUUCAUGAGGAUCAAGGAAAAGAUCUCCAGUUAAAUGAAAAGCCCGAGAAAGAAGACGCCCAGUUAGUACAAAUGGAAGAUUUAUUUAGCCAGCUGUUAUCGGAUGUGAGCACAAUAUUUGAUAAAAGCUUUGCUUUUUUCAAACAGAUGCAAAAAGAAUUUGAUCAAUCUUUUCAAAUAUAUUUCAUGUCUGAUCCGGACUUAACUGAGCCUUACUAUCUGCCUGCUUUCCCCGAGGAGCCUAUAAGAAACAGUGGUUUGCAGAAAGACUGGGGUAUGCCAGGCUUCCUUCAGAUAUUUUUUGACUUCAGCAAGACUCUGUUUGAAGGUAUCAGCGAGGUGAUUACUGAAGCAUUUGAUGAAUACACAGACAAUACAAGAGAUUUGCCAGAACAAGCCAAAGAUUCUGACAAAAGUGGCAUGUUUUCAAAGAUCAUACCAGGACACAAGAGAGCUCUGUGUAAAGAGCUCCGUCAGAAUUCAUCAGGAUGCCCACAGUUUCAUGAGAGAUGCCAGAAAUGUCAGGAUAACCUGAUGAGAGACUGUCCAAACGUCCCUGAACUACACAUAAAGUUUGAUGAAGCCUUUAAGCUGGUUAAUGUCUCGGGUGAACAGUAUGAUCAGAUCCUCCAGGUGAUUCAGCGUCACACAGAAGACACUUCCUACUUGUUGAGCAAAAUGAAAGAAAGGUUCGGGUGGGUGUCAGAACUAUCCAACAUGACCAUCGGACCAGAAAACAUUUUCAAUAUAGUAAAGGUGUCACCAAGUGUCCAAGGAACAGAUUCUUCCAGUCUGAAUGAAACAGUGGUGCAUGUGAAUAUUCUGACUUCACCUACUUUCACAAUUAAGGUUCCUCAUGAUUUAGUUAUAGGGAGCUCUGAAUUCAUUGAAUUUGUAGCUGGGAAAGCUUUGCAACUUUACAAGCAGAAUUUUUAAGGAUGACAAGAAGUUCUGUGGAAUAUCAUCCACUUCAAAUCCAGCAUCCUCUCCUUACAGUGAAGUACUCCAAAAUUCAGUGGACAGAGAACUGUUCUAUGAAUAGGGUUUUAAAAUGUUUGCUUACAAACAAUAUAUUGUUUAAUAAGUAUUGUGACAUCAAGUAUUCAAUAUUUACAAUAAUUUAAUUGCAUGGCAAAUUAAAAUCCAUGUCAAUUUGUAUUCCUUUUAAAUGAAGAAUUAUAUGCAUGUAUGGUACAUUAUGUGAUUGUUGGUUAUCACUUAUGAUCCCAGUCUUACAAAGACGUAAGCACAUGCUCAGCUUCAACCAUGUAAGUUGUCCCCAUUGCCCUAAAUGCUAUUACUUGCAUGCUUAAAAUUAAGCACAUGCUUAAGACUUUGCAGGACUAGGGCCUAAAUCCCUUGUACACCCAGCUAAAAUUGAA